UGCACAGAAGUAUAUAGCAGUGGCAAUUCACCAACAGAAGCGGUAAAAGUAUGGCAAAAGAAGUGAAGCUCGUGGGGUUUUGGGCAAGCCCAUAUGUGUAUAGAGUAGAAUGGGCGCUGAAGCUAAAGGGCAUCGAUUAUGAGUACUUAGAAGAAGAUAUUAUUAACAAGAGCACCAGGCUCCUAGAGCUGAACCCAGUUCACAAGAAGGUUCCUGUGCUUGUUCAUGGCCAAAAAGUGAUUCCUGAGUCGUGUGUUAUUCUCGAGUAUAUCGAUGAGACUUGGGAACAAAAUCCACUGCUACCUAAAGAUCCUCAUGAAAGAGCAGUGGCACGUUUCUGGGCCAAAUAUGGGGAUGAAAAGCUUUUGAGACCUUCAUGGAAGGCCAUGUGGUCGAUAGGUGAGGACAAAGAGAAGGCAAUUGAAGAAUCAAUAGAAGCCUUGGAAAAGAUCGAGGGAGAGCUCAAAGGAAAGAAGCUUUUUGGAGGAGAGGGAAUUGGGUAUUUGGAUCUCGCACUUGGGUGGAUCCCUUACUGGCUACCCGUUGAGGAAGAAGUUGGAGGUAUGCAGAUUCUGCAGGAAGAGAAAUUUCCAGCCAUUACAGCUUGGAUGAACAAGUUUCUCAGCCACCCAAUGAUUAAAGAGACGCUGCCGCCGAGGGCGGAGACGCUUGUUUAUUUUAAGAAGCGCGGGGAAACCUUCUACAACCGCUAUUACCUCAAGGAAAAGGAGAAUUAAUUAACGUUUUCAGCCAUAUAUAAUAAAGUUUGAUAUCACGUUCAGUAGUCGUGGGUUGCGGGUUGCUCAUUAAUAAUAAUAAUAAUAAAAGCUUGAUAUGCAAUAAAAUUUGUAUUUGGAGGUUGUAUUGUUAUUGAAAGAAAUGGAAAGGGAUGUUGUAAUUGCGUAUUGA